CUUCGGUUGAAUUUCGUGCUCUUCGUCGGGAGGAAGCGCGAGUCGCAGCGGUCGGAAUCGGACUGUCCGAUGGAAAUCCCCGGCAUAAGAGUCUUGUGCCCGAAGCUCGUUCUCGGAAGAGACGAGCCGUGCCUUCAGUGGCUCAUCGGAUCCCGAUUUCUCGUCGAUCCCGUCGCGAUCUUCUCGACCUUCCGGUGUCUCCACCCCUCGCCGCCGGGAGACGCGCUUGCUUUGGAUUACGACAAGGAAUCAGAAGAUCUUCGAGUGUUGCUUUUGAAGGGGUUCCACGUAAUUGGGGCGCUAGUUGUUCAAAGAGAUGGCAAUGCGGAGCAAAUGGCUGCUCAUGCUGUUGAUGCUGCUCGAAGGAUGCAAAAGUUACUAGGGGCUGAUGGUUUUGAAGUAAAGUCAGAAAAGCACUGGAUGAUUGGUGCCGUUGGUGAUAUUGAUUCUGGUGAUGUUCGUUUCUUUUCCUCGAGCAGUGAAAAUUCGAAGAGUCUCGAGUCUGUUGCAUCUGUUAUAUAUGACAGUGAUCCUGUGAAGUACGUUUGGGAGAAAGGUUGCCUCCUUCGCUGCAAGUUACCGAUAAAGUUGCCAUUUUAUUUUCCUGAGAACAAGACAUCUGAUGCAGUGGAGAUGUAUCUGUCUACCGUGGGGGCAGCGGCAGAUAAAUUUAAAGAUCCAGAACUCACAUUUAUGGUGGAGACUUUAAAUAAAGCAAAUGAAGAAGUGCCUCAACCAGUCAUCUUUCAUGCUGGGGACUUGGAUGUUCACGCAGAUAUCUCAAAUGUCAAGCUUUCUAGUCAAGUGGCAGAAGAUAGAGAUAUAAAGUCAUUACCGUGUUCACAUUUUUGCUUGGAAAGUAAGCCUGGAACAAAGACAUUGUCAGCUGAGAAUGCAGACAUUAUUGAAGUCACUUUUCUGCUUAAUGGAUCGAGAAAGUCUCGGGAAACUGCUGCACCUGUUGCAGUGUACUUUCCAGUGCUUGAGGAAACAAGACUUUCUGUUCUUGAGUUCAAGUCGGAUGUGCUUUGUUAUGCUCCAAAAGAUCUUCCCCUAGUCAGUGCAAUUUCAAAGUUACUGAUCCCAGGAGUUGUUGACCAACUAAAUGCAAUGAAGAAUGCAUAUGUACCCAAUCUUUUAAAGGAGCAGUCCCAGUUACAUCCAUAUCACUUCAAUCCUAUGGGAGUGUUGCACCCAAUUACAGUUAUUUAUGAUCUCAGUUAUGGAGAGACCGAAAUGAGCCAAGUUGAAAUAAGAAGAUCUCUCCAUAUGAGACUUGGAUUACCUACUGAUCGACCACUUCUACGAGUUUCAAAUGCUCUAUACUUUACCGUUGAUGGUGUAAAAAGCAAAGAAAAGCAAAAGGGGGCCUCUUUUCUUAAAGAUGUGCAUAUUGGCAUUCCAAGUAGUGGUGUUUCUGGUGGAGUUACCUCUCUUGUUCAAGGUUCAUAUGAGUACUAUCAUUACCUUCAAGAUGGUUUUGAUGACUCGGGAUGGGGAUGUGCUUACCGCUCUCUGCAAACUAUCAUGUCUUGGUUCAGACUCCAAUACUACACAUCCAUUGAGGUCCCUUCUCACAGGGAAAUACAGCAGUCACUCGUGGAAAUUGGAGAUAAGGAGCCUGCUUUCAUUGGUUCUCGUGAGUGGAUUGGUGCCAUCGAAUUGAGCUUUGUUUUAGAUAAGCUCCUUGGUGUUAGUUGCAAAGUGAUUAAUGUGAGGUCCGGAGCUGAGCUACCUGAGAAGUGUCGAGAACUAGCCUUGCAUUUUGAGACCCAAGGAACACCGAUCAUGAUUGGUGGUGGGGUUCUUGCAUACACUCUUCUUGGGGUUGACUACAAUGAAGCCAGCGGAGACUGUGCUUUUCUCAUACUCGAUCCUCACUACACGGGGAGCGACGAUCAUAAGAAGAUCGUGAAUGGCGGAUGGUGUGGUUGGAAAAAAGCUGUAGAUAGCAAGGGCAAGAGCUUCUUCUUACACGACAAGUUCUAUAACCUUCUGUUGCCUCAGAGGCCCAACAUGGUCUGACUUGAGUCUGUUUUCUGGGUGAAGUUGAAGACUUUUAGCAGUUUUGCAAAUGAGAGGAAACUCUAGGGACGUCAUCUCUGAGAUCGCCUUCAAACUAUCCGUUAAUGCGGAGAAAGAGGGUAGAGGUUACGACGAACAUUUUCAUUUCCUGUAUAAAUUCCUGGUUUACUUCUUGUUGCGGUGUUUCUUUACUCGUCUUCAUACCUU